CAACCGCCACCCGAAAAAAAAACAAUCGUUGAUCGCAGUAGCCCACCAAACACCAACCAGCCACCAACAACGAUCGCCAAGGACGACUCGCGUAACCAUGGUAGCCAUAGUUACGAGAAAAUAACAAGCUGAAAGGUAUGUAGGUCAAGUGCAGACCCCCUUUUCAGCCAUACCCGCUUGGGACGUUGGUGAGGUUGGAAGCACUUACUAAUUUCUCUCUCUCUCUCUCUCAUUUCAGAUAGCCGGAGAAAUGGGCGCCAAGAUGUCUCGCCGAACUGGGCGGAAGGCCGCUGCGGCCGCGAAAGAGGCCACUCCGGAGAUUCGAGUGGACGAAACGUACGUUGACCGGGUUGCGGGUGGCGGACGGGUUGACGGGGGAAAUGACUUGGCGGGGGGAACUCCGGAACCGGAUCCGCCGGUUUCGGAACAAAAUUUAACUGACAAUUGUUUUGACCAUUCCGUUAAACCGGCGGAUCCGAUUCUGGAAGCCCCAGUGGUAAUUGAAAUUCCUUUAAAUAAUUCUUUGGACAAUGCUACGGCGGUUCCGAUUCCGGAACCGCCCGUAGAUCAAAAUUCUUCUCUGACUAAUUUGACCAUUUCAGGGGGAAUCGAGGGCCAAAUCGAUGGGAUUACCGUUGUUCCGAUACCAGAUCCGCCGGUUCCGGAACAAAAUUUAACUGACUUUUGUUUUGAUCAUUCCGUUGAACCGGCGGAUCCGGUUGCGGAAUCUCCGACGGUAAUUGACAUUUCCAUAAAUAACUUUUCGGACAAUGCUACGGUGGUUCCGAUUUCGGAACCGCCUGUAGGUCAAAAUUUUUCAUUGACAAAUUUGACUAUUUCAGGACUAUGCCAGGACCAAAUUGAUGAGAUUACCGUUGUUCCGAUACCGGAUCCACCGGUCACGGAGCAAAAUUUAAAUAACGAUCCUUUGGUUGAUUCCGAAAGACCGGUGGAUCUGGUUGAGGAGUCUCCGGUAGUCGAUUCAGUUGAAUUUUCGAAACCGACCAGCGAACGUUAUGUUCGCAAAAUUAAUUUGUCCAUUUCAGACACUUCGGUGGGAGUUCCGGAACCUCGAAAUUCUAAAAAAUCCGUUCGAUUUUCAGAUCUAGCCCAGGUUAAAGAGUUUACAGCGUCGGAAUCUUCAAUUCCGAUCCUGUACUCGCUUUUGGUAAAAGAUCCCCCGACACAAAAUUCAAAACAUAUUACGUAUUUUUGGUGCUACUCCUGUCAAAAUUCUCGUACGAAUUCUUUGCCCUGGUUGCUGCGAUUGCGGUAUUCCAAAUUCUCAAUGUAUUUGCGCCAUUUGUUUUGUAGUUCGAUGAUUUGCGCUGUUAUUUGUUUGGUAGUUUUUGUUUGAAUUGUUUAAUCUUUUUUCUCGUUUCAUGAGCUGUUUCUUGUUACUAGCGAUUCCUUGUUACUGAUGACGAGACGAUUGGGCUGGAGAUUUAAAGUUAAAGAAAUAUUGUUGAUGAUGACGAUGAUGCUGACAUGAAGAAGACGACGAUGAUGAUGAUGACAAUCGGACGCAGAUUUUGAGAUUUUUGAUUCGAUGAGAUGAUUAUUGGAUGGAUACUGAGUUGCUGGACUUAAGGACGAUAUUGACGGCUAGAUGGAAGAUUGCUUGAAGACUGAAGAAUAUUAUUUUUUAAUAAAUGACAUGUAUUUUAUUUCUGUAAUCAAUUUUUAUAUUGUUUGAAAUAAAUUUGUGAAAACAAAAUUGUCCU